AUGACAGCAUUCUUGGCGAUCGUUCUUCUGGGCGUGGCCGCGGCCAAGCCGCCGCCGUCUCUGCUGCGGAGACCACCGCCCUCCGCCCAGGACGCCAAGUCUCUGGACUGCAGCUGCGGCAUGGCCAACCGCGCCUCCCGGGUGGUCGGCGGCGUCGAGGCCGAGGUCAACGAGUACCCGUGGCAGGCGGGCCUGGUCAGCCCCGGCGGGACCCGCACCUGGUGCGGCGGCAGUCUCAUCAACGACCGGUACGUGGUGACGGCGGCCCACUGCACCAGUGGCAAGUCGGCGUCGGGGAUCCAGGUGCUGCUGGGCGACCAUCGUAUCAGCGUCGCCGACGGUGAGUCGCGCCACACUGUCAGCCAGAUCAUCGAUCACCCGUCCUACGUGACGUACAGCCAGGGGUACGACAUCUCCCUGCUGAAGCUGUCCAGUCCGGUGACGUUCAACAGCCGGCGGGCGACGGUGUGCCUGCCGACCGCCGGCCAGACGUACGCCGGCGCCACGGCCAUCGCCACCGGCUUCGGCCAGCUCGGCGCCUCGCGGCCGCAGGCCACGGAGCUGCAGGAGGUCGAGGUGCCCGUCCGCUCUGAGGCUGAGUGCAGGACCUCGUGGAGCUUCGUCACCGGCACCAUGAUCUGCGCCGGCGGCCUGCCUGCCGGCGGUAAAUCGGUCUGCAUGGGCGACAGCGGCGGUCCGCUCGUCACGCUGGAGAACAGCAAGUACGCCCUGAUCGGCGUCGUCUCGUUCGGCCGGCCGUGCGCCGUGGCGAACACGCCCGACGUCUACGCCAGGGUGACCGCGGUGCUGUCCUGGAUCCAGAGCAGCACGGCGGAUGCCACCUACUGUAGCUAGAGUGCGGCGGUCCGCCCGCCCGACGGCCUGAGCUGACGGGCGUCUCUACAACUGCACUUGCCUGACGUGUAUUUCGUCAAGAAUGAACGUAGGCCAUAGCUAUGGGGUCCUGUCUUGGUUUUAGUGUGCCUUUCGUUUCGCUGUAGCAUGGAACGGUUUCAUUUGUCGGC